AUGUAUCCUAUACAUAUUGUCGCGCUGUUAGAAUUGGCAUUGGCUAGCCUCAGCCUCUCGCAGGCAGCGACCAAGUGCAGUCCGCUAAAAGAGCGUUGUCCUCCAGACGUGGGCUUGAACCGCGAAAGCUUCACUUCAGAUUUUACGUGGGGUAGAUCUUCAUUGGCUGGUUGGGCUAACAUCAGUGGUAACAUUAGCUGUGGUUCUGAUGGUGCCGAGUUCACUAUUGCAAAGAAGGGAGAUUCGCCUACCAUUGAGACGGACUUUUACGUCUUCUUUGGCAAGGCUGAGGUUUUGUUAAGAGCUGCAGCCGGUAUUGGAAUUGUGAGUAGCAUUGUUCUGCAGUCGGAUGUUCUUGAUGAAGUUGACUGGGAAGCGCUUGGAGGUGACACAAGUCAAAUCCAGACCAACUACUUCGGCAAAGGAGAUAAUUCGAGCUAUAACCAUGGUGCCGACGAGGCUGUCGCUACGCCCCAGGAGGUCUUCCAUACCUAUACUAUUGACUGGUCACCCAAGGCUAUCAACUGGUCCAUUGAUGGCGUUGUUCAUCGCACUCUGGCUUAUGCCGAGGCUAAUAGUGGGAGCCGCUUUCCCCAGACACCCAUGCGCUUGAGACUUGGAAUAUGGGCAGGUGGUGACUCUGACAAUGCUCCUGGAACUAUCUCAUGGGCUGGUGGACGCACUGAUUAUGCUGCUGGUCCAUUUACCAUGCAUGUUAAGUCUGCUUAUAUUGAGAAUACCUAUCCUAGUUCUAGGUACACCUACGGAGACAACUCAGGCUAUUGGGGUAGCAUCAAGACCGAUGCUUCCAGACCUCCAGCUUGA